CAGUACGGAGGUGUUUCUGACGACGUUGAACAUAGCAGCACCAGAACUACGAGCCAUGAAUGAGGCUGCACACCCAACUUUGCGGCACGGUUCAAGAAAUCAGGCAAUACCUCGCACCCUUGACGCUUAAUUUAGUCCGAUGACCGUAAGCGCGGCUUGCAUAUGCAUGCUGACACAUGCAGCUCGCGGUGUUCAAAAGAACCAUCGAAUGGACGCGAUCCGGUGUCGAAGCCCGUUUACCAGACGUAAGGUUGAUUCUGCAAUCUAUAGGACACGAAGAUGUAGCGACUCAAUUGCACUAAAGCAACGUUGUAGCGAUGCAGCCUUGUCAGCAUGUCAGAGUAUCUCAGUCCCGAUUUACUGGGUAAAUAACGGCAACCAAUCAACAUACCACUUGCAUUCACGAAGGGUGGGACUGUGCAUGAGGUUGGUUACCCGAGGAAGUGCGUCGGCGCUUACUAUGCUCCGACAGGUGGUUGCUUCAGGUGGCCGGUUGGGCGAAGCGAGGGCGGGAGGGAACAAGCAGAGUCGCCAGGAACAGUACACGAGUGCAGGCAAUUUAUACUAUCGCAGACUAGGAUUAAAUAAUGGUAUAGUGAAAAAGAUGAUGCCUGUCCAGGACAGAUGUGGAUGUAUGAUUACUUCCAACGAACACCCAGCUGGGCACGUGCACACGUGUAUAGCGCGAAUCUGCACAACAAGGGCACUACUGUGUAUCCCAAAAAAGGUGGCCUCGAUGUUGAAUAGAAGAUGCUGAUUAAUAACCAGCUAGAGCCUGAAGAUACUGGAACUACCGCUCUGAGCGCUCGCGUAGCCAAAAUGAAGGCGACAAAGGCUGCGAUACUUCGGGUGACAGAUUCGCAGACUGGCGCUAAUUGACAUAGACGUCCUGCAUGUUGAAUACGUGUA